AUGGACAGGAUGGCGCGCACUGCUCUAGGUAGGCUUGCCGCUAUCCUCGCGGUGGCCCAGCUAGCGGGCGCCGACACCACAAUCACCAUCGAGGCUGGCGUCAGUCGCGGAACCUGGGAAGGAUGGGGAACAUCGCUUGCGUGGUGGGCCAAGAUAUUCGGCGACCGCGAUGACCUGGCCGACAUCUUCUUCACCCUCAACGACACCCAAUUCUCCGGCCAGAACCUCCCGGGCCUUGGCUUCAACAUCGCGCGCCACAACGUCGGUGCGUCGAGCUGGAACACCGUCGACGGGGAAAAGAUGGCCGAGUCGCCAAACGUGAUUCCGUCACGCCAGAUCGAGGGCCACUGGAUCAACUGGGAGAGCGACGACCCCACCUCCGCGAGCUGGGACUGGACGGUCGACGCGAACCAGCGAGCCAUGACGGCAAAGGCGCGAGACCGAGGCGCGAACCGAAUCGAGCUCUUCUCCAACUCGCCCAUGUGGUGGAUGUGCAAGAACCACAACCCGUCGGGCUCCGGCGACGGCAGCGAGAACAUACAGUCGUGGAACUUGCAGCAGCACGCCGUGUACAUGGCCACGGUGGCCAAGUACGCCCAGGAUAACUGGGGCAUCACGUUCGAGUCCGUCGCUCCGUUCAACGAACCCUCGGCCGACUGGUGGAAGGCCGACGGCAAGCAGGAGGGCUGCCACGUCAGCGUCCCUACCCAGGCCACCAUCAUCGGCCACCUCCGCGCCGAGCUCGACAGCCGCGGCCUUACCACCAUGGCCGUGUCCGCCUCGGACGAGUCCCUCUACGACCAGGCCGUCUCGACCCUCAAGAACCUCGGCGACGCGGCUCUCAAAGUGGUGCCCCGCUUCAACGUGCACGGGUACCAAUACGGCGACGGCAGCCGCGACGGCGUCUUUUCCCAGGCCAACUCCCGGGGCAUCCGCGUCUGGAACAGCGAGUACGGCGAAAACGACGCGACCGGCGAACGCCUGCUCAGCAACCUUUUCCUCGACUUUCGCUGGCUCUACCCGACCGCGCUCGGCGCGCCGGCGCAAAAGUACUUUGUCCUGGCGCAGUUUUCGCGCCAUAUCCGCGAAGGCAUGACCAUUCUGGAUGGCGGCGCUCGAAACGUCGUCGCGGCGCACGACCCCAAGACGGGCAAGCUCGUCAUCGUCGCCGUCAACUGGGACGCGGCGCAGACUCUAAAUUUUGACCUCGCCAAGUUUGGCAAGGCGGGUACGGAGGGCGCGCGCGUCGUCCGCUGGAGCACCCAGAUCGGAAGCGGUGACAGGUAUGUGCAGCACGCCGACGACACGACGGUCAGCGGAAACAAGGUCUCGGCUUGGUUCGAAAAGGGGUCUGUACAAACAUUCGAGGUAGAGGGCGUAACAAUUUGA